AUGCUCUGUACAUUCGCAACAUUCCCAUCACCGUCCCACGGGCGCAGGUGGAGGAGUUUUUUGUCGGCGUUCGGCACCCUCACUUACUGUGCGAUGCGUGAGGACCACUACGGCAAUCCUGUGUGGGUUGUAUACGCCGAGUACGACUGCCUAGAGUGUUCCAAGAACGCCCUCCUGAGGCUGCAUGGUAGUUCGGAACACUUUACUGGUCCCCCAGUGAUGGUCAAAUAUGCUGAGAACGAUGAAGCCAAACAAGAGCGCCGUCGCCGUCGCGAAGAGGGGCUUGUGCUUCCGGCUCAUCAUUAUCCUUGGUCCGUUGUGGUUAACCCUCCCAAUUACUGGCACCCUGGUUUUUGA